AUGAGUUCGAUAGGAACUGGAUAUGAUCUUGCUGCAGCGACAUUUUCUCCUGAUGGACGAAUAUUUCAAGUUGAGUAUGCUCAGAAAGCUGUUGAUAAUGGUGGCACAUUGGUUGCUUUGAAGGGGAAGGACGGAGUUGUAACAGCAUAUGAUAAAAUUGCUCCAUCAAAGUUGUAUGACGCGAAUCCACGCAUGAUGAAUGCUUCUGAAUAUGUCGGAUGUGCUUUAGCGGGAGUUUAUCCGGACUGCAGAGCACUUCUAGAUUACGCUGUAGGUGAAGCACUAAAGUAUCUAAAAGAGUAUCGUACGCCAAUGCCAGUGAAGAAACUUGCUAACCAGGUUGCCGAAUAUGUCCAUAUUUUCACUCUGGGAAUAAGCCGGCCUUUUGGUGCUUCUGUAUUCUUAACAUCGUGGGACGUUAAAAGUGGUCCGCAGUUAUUCCUAAUUGAGCCUUCUGGGUUAUGCUACGAAUACAAAGCUUGGGCGAUUGGAAAGCACAGGCAGGCAGCAAAGACUGAAAUUGAGAAGUUAAAGUUAGAGGAACUUUCUAUGGAUCAACUUGUAAAAGCUAUUAUAUGUUACUUGGUUCUGGACGAGUCAAAAGAUAAGAACCUACGGAUUGAAAUGGGUUGGGUAGGCGAAAAGACUGAGGGAAAACAUCAAAUUAUACCGAAGAAUGUAGUAGCUGAAGCGGAACAAUGGGCAAAGGCGAAACUGGAAGAAGAAGAUAUGGAAGAAUAA